UUCGCGCGUGUCUUAAAAAGAAACUAAUGAAAUAUUUUGAAAUUAUUACCAUUGAUAUCUAUAUCUUAAACUACAUACUGUAGAUACAACAUAUUUUUGAUUAUUCCAAUAUAAAUUAUUUAUAAUUUUGUACUAAAAAGUUCUUAUGAGAAUAAUAUAACACGACAAAACGCCUGGAGCGCCCCCAGCUAUAGCUAUACAUCUAAUUAACUGAUACGUCAUUACCUACUCGUUAGUGACUACUGAUAAACUGAUAACCUACUAGAUAGGUGAAUGCUGAAUAGCAAUAGGUUAUAUACAUAAAUACUAAAUAGAGAUUGUUGUGAAUUUCCAACAUGUUCUAAAUUAAUAGAAAAAUCAAUAUAAAUUACUGCACUGUCAGUAGGUUACUAUGAUAAUGUAUUAACCGUAUUACUUACUGUUUGUUAUUUAAAUAUUAUUUUUAUAUCUGCAUAAAUCUAUCAUAGUUCUAUGGAUCUCCACAAAACAGGAAAUGUAAAUAAAACCAAAACACCGACAUGAUAAGACAAUCUCUUAAGUUUAGAAAAACUAUAACAGUUGUAUGUGUUAUUGUCUUAGUUGUUUUCUUAAUUCUUAUUCUCAACGAAAACAAAAGCAAAGAAAUUGAAAAUGAUGAUGCUAAUUAUGAGAUAGAGGACAGAAAUUUUUUAAAAGUACCAAAGAAAGUUUUUAUACAAAAAGAACAAAAUAUGGAUUUCAAUAAUGCAAACGAUAAUACACAAAAAGAACUCCAAGAAGCUAAAGCCAGAAUUGAACAAUUAGAAAAGAAAUUAGCAAUUUUAGAAGGCAGAAUCCCGCAAAAAUAUCCUGAAGUUAGUUAUCUUGGGCACAAAGAACGAAAGAGAAUUUUGGUCACCGGAGGAGCCGGAUUUGUUGGAUCUCAUUUAGUUGAUGUUUUAAUGGUGCAGGGACAUGAGGUUAUAGUGGUUGAUAAUUUUUUCACUGGAAGAAAAAGAAACAUUGAACAUUGGUUUGGACAUCGAAACUUUGAGAUGAUUCACCAUGAUAUUGUCAACCCUCUCUAUGUUGAGGCAGAUGAAAUUUAUCACUUGGCUAGUCCUGCGAGCCCACCCCAUUACAUGCAGAAUCCAGUCAAGACCAUUAAAACUAACACCUUAGGAACAAUUAACAUGCUAGGAUUGGCGAGACGAGUCGGAGCAAAAAUAUUAAUAGCCAGUACAUCUGAGGUGUAUGGAGAUCCCAUGGUGCAUCCUCAGCCGGAAUCCUACUGGGGGCACGUCAAUCCAAUAGGACCAAGAGCGUGUUAUGAUGAAGGGAAAAGAGUGGCAGAAACUCUUGCGUAUUCGUACGCUAAGCAAGAGAACGUGACAGUGCGCGUGGCGAGGAUAUUCAACACUUACGGUCCGAGGAUGCACGUGUCUGAUGGCAGGGUGGUCUCCAACUUUGUGAUGCAAGCCUUACAGAAUCUAACUAUUACGGUGUACGGUAAUGGAAAGCAAACAAGAUCAUUCUGUUAUGUCUCCGACCUAGUCGAUGGACUGCUAGCCCUUAUGGCGUCGACCUACUCGUUACCUGUCAAUAUAGGAAAUCCAGUAGAACACACUAUAGAAGAAUUCGCAAUGAUUAUAAAGAAUCUAGUCCCUGGGUGUCGCAGUAUGGUGGCGACGGGCGCCGCGGUCGAAGACGACCCGCAGAGGCGGCGACCAGACAUCGCUGUGGCUGAGAAAAACCUGAAGUGGUCUCCUAAGGUGUCUUUACAAGAGGGCUUACAGAGAACUAUUGAUUAUUUCAAAGAAGAGUUAUCUCGGAAGACAUUUAGUAAUAAUCAAACAUACAUGGACGCAAAUGUUAAAGCGACACAUUAAAUUUUUUAUAUAUAGUAGAAAGUCUUUAGCAGAACAUGUUACAAGUGUAAAAAAUAAAUUGUCACCCAUCCAGAGUUGUAAAAUUUAUAGAUUGUUUUGAGGUAAUCAUCCAAUUUCUAUGAUAUCAUAAACAUCAAUCCAUCCAUAUCAGUUUGACCAUUGUACCCAAUGUAUACAUAUAGACCAUAGUUUCUCAACCUUAUUUUGCUCCCCUCCCACUUUGAGAAUAUGUUUUUUUCUAGAGUAUUUUCGUGUAUUUUUUUGCCUUUUUAGACUAUAUUUUUUAAUCUACCCACGCCCCAUCUGCGCCAUCUCAAUGCCCCCUAAUUUUCUCUGUUUCUUCUACUGCCCCCCCGAAAGUCUCAAACGCCCACAAGGGGGCGUUAUCGCCCACGUUGAGAACCUGUGAUAUAGACAAAUCACGUCGAAUAUAAUAUGUAAACAUGCCACAAAUUACACCAUAAUAAACUUCGACUGCUAUAUCUAUACAUUGCCGCUUUUAUUUCAGCUGUUUAAAAUAUUAUUGGUCAAUAAGCAGCAAUGUAAAACAUCUAUUCAGUUUAGGUUGAAUUCGGACAGUGACAGUUGACUCAGGAGAAAAGUGUGCUUGCAUUAUCUUUGCUUCACACUUUUCACCUACUGCCAUUCCCCUAUCAGACUGCAGAAAAUAUGUCCAUAUAUUCGUAUAUAACGUCAAUGAUUGUACCAUUAUACUUAUAAUCCCCUCGUGUUGGAAUAGUGUGUAUUUUUGUUAUAUGAAUGUAUGCAUGAUGUCAGUUGUCAAAUAGUACUGGUGAUUUUUGAAGUGUCUGUAACGUCCCCAAGAUGGCGGCCUGUCCCAUUCUCAAUGUGCAGGGUUUCAAAUAUAAUACAGUAGAACUUUGUAAUUAACGCAAAAAGUCCUGUUAUGGCGGUUUUCUUGAUGUUGUAAGUAAAUAUUGAACUUGCCUAAUCUAGAUUUCUUUUCUAUAUUAUUGAGUGUGAUAGAUGAAAUAAUUAUUUUUUUGAGUUUUUUAAGUAAGCUUUGGUUGGAGUUUGGUUUGGUUGUUCGGUUUAGCUUUAGGUAAUGAAGGAAAGAGAACACGACAUUGUUUGAGUUACGACAGUAUUCCAUCUUUUGUGGUUCAACCGAAGAAUUGCUGGAUUAGGUACUAAUUGGACCUUUAAUAUGAAAAGACGCGGAACAAAAAUUUCAUUUUGAUCUGAAUAUAAUAAUAUUUUAAUAGCUGUUACAAUAUGUUAGUUAUUAUUUCUCACAUUUUUCAAUCGGUUUUAAAAAUUUAGAUGAUUAAAUUUAUUUUUGAAUAAUUUGUUUGUACUUUAAGAAACUAUAUCUUAGUAGGUAUAGUUCUACUAAUAAUAUGUACCUAAUUGUCGAAGUGACCAAAGAAAAAAAACAAUAUUUUGUACAAAUAUUAUUUCUAUACAUACACUCCAAGCUGAAAGGGUGUCGUAAGACUGCAAUAGAUAUUAUUAUAGGAAGCCCACAUAAAAACUCUUUUGUGUAACUUUCGUGUUUAGAAUUUAAUAUUAUUUCGAUCACUCAAUAGCUUUUUUAUAUGCCAUUAAAACUAUAUAAUAUUUUAUAUUUCAUUUAAUUUUUAUUACGUAAAUAAUAUUAUUUUAUUUUUAGUUGGUUCUCAUAGACGCCAUUUUGAGUAAUUUUUAUUGUGAUUUAGACUUUUUAAAUUUGUUAAAUCAGCGUUUUGUUACUAGCUUAAGUGUUUUCUAUGAUUGACUUAUUUUAUAAAUUACCUAAUAUGACACAUGCUUUAAUUGGGAAUAUGCAUAUAUUUUUUUAUUUUUUAUUUGAUAGUUUGUUUUUGUUUAUAUACUGAAAAUAUUAAAACGCCGAAAAAGUAACUGAAAAGAAAAAAAAUAGUCAACUGACGCAGAACCCCUGUCACGUAGGCGUGCGUAGUGAGCGUGUACAAUGACGUCAUAGUUCAUUACAAUAACAUACGAGCAGAGAGGAUCUAUUGCAAAUUGAACUUUUUCCCCGAUUCCAGAUAGGAUUGGUUGAAAAUUUACAUUCUCUGCCAUUCUUUUACUUCAAUUCGGACUGACGCGACGUCUCAAAUCUUACGGCCAUACAAAUAAACUUGGAUAACAAUUGAGACAGCUGACAACACUGUCAAUACAUUGGUAAUUCUGAAGAUUUCCGGAUGACUUGCAAAUAAACGUGGGAAUUGCUAUACGUCCCAAUACUUAAAUGAAUAAAAAGCAAAAUGUCUAUUUGUUAACAUUUUGCAUAUUCUUGAUUAUUCUCAGGUAUAAGUUUUAUACAAAGUUUAUUUGUAAGGCUGUAUAACUUUUAUUUGUAUCAUAGGCAUCUACCAUGUUGUCAUGGUGUUAUAUUGUACAUACAUCUAAAAGUUCACCAGGAUCUCUUAUAUAUUUACACAACACAUGAUUUAGAAAUAAAACUGAUUUUGUUUAAUAUACAAUCUAUAUAUAUAAA